UUUAUAACAGGUCUGGCAGCGGAAGCUUUCCUCCCUAAAUGUUGCUGCUUUUCCAUGGGAUCCGGCACCGGUAGCACCCCCACUUGCCAACACACCUACCGUACCAUCGAAUGCUUCCAGAACACCCAUCACGCAACCGGGGGUUGUCACUCCUACGCAGGCUCCUACCACUCUUCCACCCAGUGGAGCGGAACCGACUAUUAAAACCGAGCCGGGGUUGGAAUCCGGUGCUCCAGUUCUGCCUCAGGCCAAUGGGAUAACUGCUGCCGGGAUCAAUGCCCAGGCCGCCCAGCAAAGGGCGGCAACCUUGAUGCAGCAGCAGUUCGGUGACCAAGCUAGCCGUCAGAUUGGUGCUCUGCAGUCCGGGAUAGCUCUGCCUGGUCAGCAACGCUCUCAAGGGCUGCAGCUUCCCGGUCAGCCAAUGCCGACUCAUGUGCCACAACAAUAUCAAACGCCGCAGCCUCAGCAACCUCAGCAACAGCAGAGAAAUGGCUUGGGUGGUGCGCAGACAGAUGGGGCUGAUGAUGCCAUGGAAGAGUGGAACGCCAUUGUUAUGCGGAGAAAUGCGCUUGGUCAGCAUGAACAGCUGGGCACAGUGGCAAUCGAUCGAAUGAUUCGACGUCAAAUUGAGGAUAUGGGUCAACGGAUGGAAGGUGGCGGUCUGAUGCUUCCUCUGAGCGAACGAGUAUCAACGAUUAGCAGACGAAAGCGUGGCACCAAAAAAUCAGCAACAAGCAGAUCCCGGAGCGGACUGCGUGCCAGAUCUGCUCAGUUUCAGAGCUCCGAUCCCCGUGAACUUUUACCGGCGGUCUCCGAGCUUUCAAUAGAUGCAAAUGAGCCAAAAAUUCCGCAGCUUGACGGAGGUGAUGAUUCCGACGAUGGUAUCAAGGGCGAGGAUUUCGAUGAGGACGCAAUCAAUUCCGAACUGGAUGACUCGGAUGAUAAUAUUGCAGAAGAAGACGACGAGGACGAAUCUAUCGGGCAGAUUAUGCUUUGCACUUAUGACAAGGUCCAACGGGUGAAGAAUAAGUGGAAGUGCACCUUGAAAGACGGUGUUUUGACCACGGGGAACAGAGAGUAAGUGCCGUUCAGUAUCACCUGGGAUCAACUCUAAUGCUUUUUAGAUAUGUCUUCCACAAGGCGCA